AUGGAUGCGACAUACGGCACGCGGUCGCGCAACCGGACGAAUAAUCGGCCAAACUAUGCCGAGGAUCAAGAAAUGGAUUUCGAAAUGUCAUCUACUGGCGCGUCAAGGAAAAAGGUCGCCGCUGAUGCGUCUGCAAAUGGCACUCCCGACAGUCGAAACGAAACUGCCACAUCAUCAUCAGCGACCGCCGCAUCAAUUCACGCAGCCAGCAGUAACAGCAAAGUCCCGGCUUCUGGCGGCGCCAAGGAUCCAACCCCAGCUACCUCCAGCAGGAAGCGCAAGGCUGCUGGCGCUCCCGCUUCAAACCUGAACACGCCUGUAUCAUCCACGCCACCGCCUUCCGGCGCACGCAAGACCGCGUCGACGAUUGUGCCGCCGCCGUCGUCGUCGUCUUCUCACACAAUGGCGCGCGAAACAAAUAUCAUGACAUUCUCUAAAUGUCGAAGCAGCCUGAACAAAAAGGACGAGUUGGUAUCUGAUGAUGGCCAGAAGUUGUCUGUCAAUGAUCAUGUAUAUCUUGUCUGCGAGCCUCCCGGCGACCCAUACUACCUCUGCCGGAUCAUGGAAUUCCUGCACGUCGAUACAGACAAUCCCAAUUCUCCCGUUGAUGCGAUCCGCGUAAAUUGGUACUACCGUCCGCGCGAUGUACAAAGAUUCAGCAGCGACACACGAUUGGUCUUCGGCACCAUGCACUCCGACAUCUGUCCACUCACAUCCCUACGAGGCAAAUGCACCAUUAAGCAUCGAUCGGAAAUCGAAGACAUCGAAGCCUACCGCAAGGAGCCGGAUUCUUUCUUCUUUGUUCAGGUCUUUGACCGUUUCAUCCGUCGAUCAUACGAAUGCAUACCUGUCGAACAGAUUAUCAACGUUCCGGAGAAAGUCAAGAAGGCACUGGACGAGCGCUGGAAAUUUGUCGUUGUUGAGAUCGGGCGCGUCAAGGAGCUUACCAGUGCUGCCAAGACGUGCAAGCGAUGCGCGCGGUAUUGCGCAUCCAGCGACUCUGUGGAUUGCGCAAUCUGCAAAAACGCAUAUCACAUGAAUUGCGUACAGCCACCGCUGCCAAAGAAGCCGUCUCGCGGAUUCGCGUGGGCCUGUGGGCCAUGCAGUCGAGCUUCGGAGCAGAAAUUGGAGGCACACAGUACUCCAGCCGGCACAGAUGUUGAGGAAGAAGGUGAAGAGGUCGUCGAGGAGGAGGUUCCGGCAGCCUCCAACGACACCACCCGCGCGCCGAGUCCAAGCGGAUCGGACAUGGUUGUUGAUGAUCAUCCGGCGACCCAAGCCGAGAUUGCACUGGCGAAGAUGUGGCCUAUGAGAUAUCUUGGAGUCCACGCCAGGGUAGAGGAUGCUUUACAAUACGAUGACCGCGCGAUCUACCCUCGAGCAAGCUCUCGACUCGGACCUCGCCAUCAAGCCAAUACGAACAUGUGGCACGGGCGUCCUGUAGAGCUGGUCAAGCCGGCAGAAAUCAAGAAACGCUACAACAAGACCAGUGCGCAAAAGACGCAGGGCAAGCUCACGAAGGAGACGGUCGCAGCGAUCGAGGCCGACCGGGAGGAGAAAUCGAAGCGGCCAAAAUGGGUCCAGGAUGAGCCGCCUGGCUACGUGGCGCGAGGAGAAGACUACGAUGCCAAGGAUCCUCGAUGCACCGCCAAGUUGAUGUUCAAGAUGCCCUCCAUCGAUGAAGCUGUGGAGAAAGAACCAGCGAAGCUCCAAGAAGCGACCGAUCGCAACGACAAGUUCGUGGACGAUUACAUCAAUCGUGCCAAGGGCCUGGCACGACAGGUCGGAGUGCCACCGUUCGGGACGAACUUUCUGGAUAAAGCGUUCGAGCUUCUCGUGCGGAACAAGUACAGCCAGGAUGCAGCUCUGAAACAGCUGCAGAAAGUCGACCGCGUCAAGGACCUGCACGAGCCUGUACUCAGCAAGGCGGAUCUGCAAAAGUUUGAAGAAGGUGUGGCCAAGUACGGCUCGGAGCAUCGAUUGAUUCGACUGCACAUGAAGACAGAUUUGCCGAACGCCGACAUUGUACGAUUUUACUACCUAUGGAAGAAGACGCCCAAGGGUCGUGAAAUUUGGGGCAACUAUGGAGGUCGCAAGAAGCGCAAGAUGGACAACGAUGCAGGGGCCAGAUUGCAAGCGGAGGUGGCAAAUGAUGCAGACGACUCAGCGUUUGACAAGGAGAAAGCAGCAAGGAAGAAUCGCGGAUUCCAGUGCAAGUUCUGCAGCAACACUCACUCGCGGCAGUGGAGGAGGGCUCCAGGAGUCUCACCUGGCCAGACUGCGCCCGCAGAUACAAAGGGCAGUAACAAAGACAGCAAGAAAGACCGACCUCUCCUUGCGCUCUGCCUGCGGUGCUGUGGCCUUUGGCGCAAGUAUGCCAUUCAGUGGGAAGAGCUUGACGAGGCAUCGAAGCGAGCGGCAUUGGGAGGCGGUCGUGGUCUGAAGCGCAAGCUCGACAACGAGCUGAUUCAAGCGAUCAUCACUGAUUCCGCAGAGAAGGCGAACCCUCUUCCUCCGCCGCCCGAGACUUUACCGUCGAUUGAGAACGGAGAGCCACCCAAGAAGAAGGCGAAGAACCAGGAAGUUCAACCUGUGGAGCCACCCAAGAAGAAAGAGAAGCCUCCUCCACCCCCGAAGGAGCCGACGCCUCCGCCUCCUCCCAUCAUUCCUGCUCAGCCGACCUGGAAGGAAUUGCCUUGUGCGAUCUGCAGAGGGUUCAACGACACCGUUGCUUGCUCUCACUGCAAAUUGACCGUGCAUCGACGAUGCUUUGGACUUGCUGAGAAUGAAGGUAUCAGACCUGAUGGUGGCUUCAAAUGGGUGUGCGAACAAUGCCAGAACGAUCGUAACCCGGCAGUGUCCACCGACUACUCGUGCUGUCUAUGCUUGACGGAAGAGACAUUGGUCGACCUUGUUGAGCCUCCGCGUGUGUCUCACAAGAAGAAGACCGAUCGCGAGAGGGAGAAGGAGCGCUUGGAGAAGGAACUCGCCGACAACAUGCGAAUCGAGUACCGCAACAAACAGCUCAACCUCAACCGCUCCCCGAUUCCACGAGAACCGCUGAAGCGGACGACGGGCAAUAAUUGGGUGCACGUCUACUGCGCAGUGUGGGCGCCUGAGAUCCGUUUCAGCGAUGCGAAGGCUCUAGAGGUGGCCGAAGGCUUCCCACUCAUCCCGCAAGCUCGCUUCGAGGCGGUCUGCAAGCUUUGUAAGAACAAGGACCACCAGAAUCGGACCCGAGACAAUGCCGGAGCAUGUAUCAGCUGCCUUCAAUGCAGCGCAUACUUCCACGCUUCUUGUGCGUUCGAAGCUGGGUACACUUUCGGAUUCGAUGUCACUCCCGUAAAAGGGUCGCGCAAAGACCAGGUCAUUACCGCGACCCUCGGGCAGGAGACUGGAGCAGUCACUGCUGUAGUCCUCUGCAAGGAGCACGUCACGAAGACUGAGCUGCACCCAAUCAACGAGAUCGAGGACGAGCAAGGCACAACAGCGUUGCAAGUCUUUGUGGAGAAGUACAAGCAGGCUGAUCUGACUUUGACCGGAACCGUGCGCAAAGCAAAUAUGGCUCAGCUCACCAAGGACAAGAGCCAACUAUCAGUGCUGGCUGCCCAGAACAGCACUCGAAGGGAGUCCGGUGCCCAGAGUAUUGCCGCAGCUGUUAAACGCGGCUCCAGAAAUUCGACCGUCGGAGACACGAAGACCGAAGCCGAAGACGAAGCCUCGAGCAUCGGAGACGUACCGGCGCCUGAGCGUCGUUGUGUCAAGUGCGAUAUCGAUGUGACCCCGAAGUGGCACCUCGUUCCCAAGGACACACCAGCUCGGGAGUCAGCUCAGGCAAUAUCUAGCAUUCUGAAUGGAACCUCGGACCCCGACAAGCCUACAGAUCGACCCGCUCAGAACACGAGCGCAGAGCUCGCGCGACCGGCAGACGUUUCAAACCCACCUAUUGGAGUACCUGAGGCCAACAAAGCGCACAAGGUGGAGCCGCGUUCCAUCGAGGAGCAAUUCCGCGUCUGGGAUGUGCCUCCACCACGACCUCCGCCAGCGCCCUCGCCGCUUCCGGGACAGAUGAAUGGCAUGUCCCAUCCUCUCUUUGGAGGACCCCCGGGACCACCAAAUUAUCCUCCUGCUCCGCACUAUGGACCAAGCGCCUAUCAGUCUCACCCGCCCCAUGGACCACCUCCACCGAUGCACGAGCGGCACAACAGCAACAAUUACGGCUUCCAGCAGCAGCCACCGCCACAUCAGGGGUCCUAUCCGCCUCAAGGCUCGCCUAAUAUGCCAGCAUACCCAACAACGCAGCAGAGGCAUGCUCACAUGAAUGGCUACCCACCAAAUGGGCCACCAAUGUCUAACGGCAUGCCAUCCUCUCACAAUUCUCAGCCUCCUCCCAUGCACUCCCCAGGUGGCUAUUCACAGCAUCCGCCCCAUCCUCAUCAUCAACCCUCGCCGUACAGCGACUUCCAACUGCAUCGGCCUCCGCCGCCUCCUAUGCAUGGUUCAAUGUACGGUCGGUCCGAGUCGAUGGACGGUCCGCCACCGCUGCCACGACAACAUCAACAUCAGCAGCAGCAGCAGCAGGCACCGCAGCCACCUCCACCAGCUCAGCAGCAGCAUGCUCCACCGCCGCCGAAUCCAAUGAUCGAUCCGCAACUCAUGGGACCAGACCCUCCGACAACGCCUCGAGGUGGACAACCUCCGCCUGCUACAGCGCCGCCGAAUGGUACGAAUGUGUCUGGCGCAAGUGCGAGCCCGAAUUUGAUGAACCUCAUUCACUGA